AUGGCGGUGAUAAAAAUAAAUAAUUGUCAAUUUCAGAAUGUUUCUAAUUAGUGACAGUAAUUAUUUAUGAAUUGUUGCAAAAAGAAGCACAUUCUAUCAGCCGUUAUCGGCCGUGUUCCGUUUUUGAGUUAAAUGUUGCCAAACCCAGUCAAUUUACAAUGAAUUCAGAUGGUACCCAAAGAAGUGGGGUUAACAAAGACAAUUUACCAUCAAGCAGCCAAGUAACGAAUCCGGACAGCAAUGCUAACUUAAGCCUGACAACAAACGAAAGUAAAGGGGCCAUCCCCAAAACAAAACUGGCGAAAAUAGCCUCGAAAAAGACCAACAACAAUGUGGACGAGACAAGUGUGUUGACGGUGGACCCGUUGAAAAUUAACGGCUUUACAAAGAACACUUCGCCUUCUAGCAAUUACUUGAACAAUACGUACGUAGAAUGCGUCGCAGCGAAUGUCCAAAUCAGCUCGAAAGAUGUGCAUAAAGGCACGGGGUUUGCACAGAGCUCGUUAAAUAUCCCAGUAGAGAAUGAUUUCUUGAAUGGACCGUACCUUCCGGUGCAUAACUGUGGCUCGAGCUAUGGCGAUUUGGUCGAAGCUGGUGCUAGUUAUAGGGAACCAAAUUUGAAAGAUGAUGACAGUUCUAGUGAUGAUAAUGAAUUAUUGUCCUUGUCCGAUGAUGGGUGCAUUUAUACUUAUAAGGGGGAUCAUGUGGCGGACUUGCCAAGCUCCUUUUACAACCUGGAAAUACCACCGCUGGACGAGGUGCCAGGAAAUGGGCGGGAAGAAAACUCCAGUCCCGAGAUGGACUUCCUGGAAAUGGACUUCGACCCCGGACCUUCGGGAGACGCCGACUCUGACUCCAUAUCAAACGCCGAAAUCGACAACGCGGCAAGUUUACCCUUAGACUCGAAGACCGAAAAAGUCGAAGAACCAAAACCAUGUUGUUCAAAAGAUUUAAACAACGACCUCCCCCCAGAAUCAAGCAACAUCAACAAAUUCGACAACGGUGUUAAAAGCAAAUAUCUCAAUUUGACCAAAACAAUACCGGAGCCAAUAAAAGAGCCAAUCAUUGCGAUAAAAAACGAAAUAAAAAUGCCGUGGUCUUGCACGCUCUCCGAGCGCACUCGAACGGCAAAAUCCCUUCGAAUGGUCAAAAGACACCACAGUUCCAGAGGCGAGCUCUCGUCCCCGAGCGAAAUCGGGCUAAACAACGACAUCAACAUCACCAAUCUAACGUCGUUUCAUAACGCCACCGGGAAAAUUUUAAUCGAUGAUAAAAACUCGGUGGACUGUGAUGUGGAAAAAACAAUGAUCUGGACCCAUCACGAGGCCUGUGUCAAGCAGAUAACCCAAGUGGGGCCCUCGGCCUGUGGCGCCACCGCAGUUCUCAACGUUCUCAACGCGCUUAGGUUUCCCAUCCCGACGUUGGAAAAGGUCCAAGAGUGUGUAAAUACAAGACUGAGGGCCAAUUCCAGUCCUCUGACCGAGUAUUUGCUUUCGAGGAGUCAAGCCGGUUGCACUCACCGGGACUUGAUCGUUGGAUUGUAUAAACUAUCAGAGAAAAGACUCUACUCGAGGUUUUUUGCAAUGUAUCCAGAAAGGGUGGUCAAUUUGCAGUCGUGGCUUGGUUAUUGGAUAAAAAAUGGUGCUGUGCCAAUCGCCACGCUGAAUUUACAAAAAUGCGAAGGGAGUAUUCCUGACAGUUGGCACCACCAGAUGAUUUUUGGGGUGGGCCCGGAAGGAAUUUAUCUAACGAAUCCACUGGAAUGUAUCGAUCCGGCGGAGUUGUGGCCGCAGUUGUCGUCGGAGUCCGUGCUGCUGGUUAGGACCGAAGACGUGAUUUCCAGGUGGAAUCCGAAGGUGGAUCUACCUCAGCUAAUGAGGAUUAAUGACGUGCGGUGGAAGGAACUGAAUGUUGUAGGUCAAAUUGCGAAAGUUGUGCGUGAGAGCCGCAGAGAGGCCCGCGCUGACUACAUUUCCACAUCGCAUAUUCAAAUCCCAGCCGAGUACAAAGCCGGGAUCACACUCGUUCUGGACAUAAACUCCCCCGCUUUUACACUGUUACGUCAGUGCCCCGAACUGCCUUUGCUGCAGCCCGAGUAUGCAGCGAGUGCCUUGUAAAAUAGUUGCAGUGAAUCUUCACCAACUCUAAUUUUGCGCUAAGUGCCAUAAUUAGGUUCCAAAUCCCAUUUUGUUGUGACCGAAAUUGAACUUUUCGUACUUACAUAUCACACAGCUAAGUAUUGAUUUGUUACAUCAGUUGAUUUCAUGUACAUACCUACACAUAUACUCAUAUCAUAGGUAGGGUUGUUAUUCUGUACAAACUAAUUUUAACGCAAUAAUCUUGUUAAUGUAGUUGAAUGUGAUAAACUAUUUUAAUUUUUUAUCUUUUUAAUAGUGCCAUUGGAUACUAGAAAUUUUUAACCAAAGAUCUAACGACGUGGCCCAAGCGGCCACUUUAAGCGCUGCAAUUUUGUAAAUAAACCGUGCGCCCAAAUUGAUAUUUUUGUACCUUGCUUUGUCACUCGAUCCGAUGCAGCAAUUUCUAGUCGCAUAUGGUUCUGAAAAAUUUUCAUUUCGCUUCACAGUUAUGCACACUCAAGCAAACAACAAUAACGUCAGUAAUGUAAGUAUUCUUGUAUAUUUUAUAAUCAGCCAGUCUUAUAAAACGAUAAUAAAACCGACUUUAUACCAGA